AGCGCAGCGACGCCGUACGCACGCGGUGACUCGAGGCAACACAAACAACCAGUUUGACAGGAACCGUGGCGCGCGGAGGUAGUGUCGCUUUGUUUCGUGAAGUAACAUUGAUAAUAUCAAUGUUUAUAAACAGAAUUCGAUAAGAUAUCCAUUCCAUAACGUCUAUUCAUGAAUAAAAUUAAAGACUUUCGCACCUUUACGUGUUAAUUCGCGAGUUUAUUUGGUUUUUAUGUUGGAUUUGUACGUUUUAUUCGAGUGUGUAAUCUUGUAUCGGCGAGGCGAGAACUCAGCAUCGUUGAUUUUGUUGGGACAGUGGAUGAAAAUGUGAAACAAAUGUGUGUUUGUGAACUUUACGUGGUGUUGGACUUGGAGUUGGUACUUUGAGACGUUCGUGGAGGUUGGAGCUGGCACCAUGAGGAGUUUGGUGUUCGUGUUGUUGUUGCCUGCGUGCCUAGCACACCUCAAUGUUUACCUGAGCAGUGCCGAAGUGUGGCGGUUAUUGGGUCUAACAGCUGAGCUGUUCUACGUGAGAGAUGGCCAGAUCAACGAGUACGCGCUGAACUUCGUGGUGCCCGUGCCUGCAACCAUUGGAGACCUGCACUUCACCUGGCAGAGUCUUACUAGGAAACCGUUGCCAUACACGUUACAUGUGGACGUGACGGACCCACAUAAUGCCAUGCACCCACCGACUGUCAACAUAUCUAACGAGGGAUUUGUGCCGACCGAACCGCAAACAUGGCGAGUGGACUUGCCUUGUACGCAUACCGUAGCCGAUGAAGUGGACAUCAUUAUCUUUUUGAACGUAUCAACGGGUCCCUCUUCUUCUAUUUUAAGAUUCAGAAGAAAAAAGAUAUGUCUUAAAGAGGCACCGAGACCGGCCGUUAGGGUGGAUAGUGUACCACAUGCGCCUACAUCAGCAGACAUAUUCUACGCGGGAGCUGGGUGCGCUGGCGGUGCGCUGCUCAUCGCUGCAGUCGCUGCAGCAGCUUGUAGAGCUAGAGCGAGAAAAUUGCGUCGAGCACGAAGUGACGAACAAGAUGCUCACGCUUUCCUACCAGACUCGUCUUGCAAGUCUGCCGCCAGCUACACCAGCUACCGCCGCCCUACCUCGCUACCUGCUGCAGCGGCCGAAGAAAAAGCAAGGGAUUUACAACAAAGAAUAGCAGAGCUGACGAUACAACGGUGCCGUGUAAGGCUGCGCUCUGUGGCGAUGGAAGGAACGUUCGGACGAGUUUACAGAGGCACUUACGCUGAUGAAGAUGCGAGGGAGCAAGAAGUGCUCGUCAAGACGGUUGCUGAACACGCUUCUCAAGUGCAGGUAUCGCUGCUGCUUCAAGAAGGCUGCAUGUUGUACGGACUUCACCACGAACGAGUAUUGUCGGUUCUGGGUGUUAGCAUCGAAGAUCAGACAGCUCCAUUCCUGCUGUACCCUUGGAACUCGACCUGGCGUAACUUAAAGCAGUUCCUCCUGGCUUGUCGAGGAGUUACAGUGGGAGGUGCAGCGGGCGGGGCUCCUCCGCCUCCACCCCUGACCACGCAACACGUUGUAAGGAUGGCGCUCCAUGCGUUGGAUGGACUGCUUUACCUUCACUCUCAGCAUGUCUUACACAAAGACAUCGCUGCUAGGAAUUGCAUAGUUGACGAAAACCUCCGAGUAAUGAUCGCGGACAACGCUCUCUCACGAGAUUUGUUCCCGGCUGACUACCACUGUCUCGGAGACAACGAGAACAGGCCUAUCAAGUGGUUGGCGCUAGAAGCUCUCACGAAGAGACAGUUCAGCCCAGCGGCCGAUGUAUGGGCGCUAGGCGUGUUGCUAUGGGAGCUCACGACGUUGGCCCAUCAACCGUAUGCUGAGGUGGACCCCUUCGAAGUGGCCGCCUACCUGCGAGACGGCUACAGAUUACAGCAGCCCGCCAACUGCCCUGAUGAAUUGUUCGCGGUGAUGGCGUACUGUUGGGCGAUGUCGCCCGACGAUCGGCCGACGUUGCCUCAACUGCAGAUAUUCCUGCGGGACUUCCACACGCAACUGACGAGAUUCGUGUAAACCAUUCCUUAGAAACUUUUAAAGACAUCCCAAAGACGACAAUAAAGUGUUAAAUAAAGUCAACUAUAGUGAGAUAUAGAAGGACGUGAGAGGCCUUACCGUGAAGUGCGAGUGGCUACGUGACUGUGUACAGUGAAAUUGUUAAAGAGACUGAUUUAUAUGCGUUUAUUUGAUUUGUAAAUUAUUAGGGCCUUACUACAAAAACUUUAAACCCUGUUUUACACUUGUCUAAUAAAAUUUUGGCUGCAAAAUGAACCGUAUGUCAACGUCAUAAUUUGACAUUUUUUUAGACAAGGCAUAAACUGACGUUUAAAAGUUUUUGUGGUAAGACGGUUAUUGUUUACGUAGUUAUCACAUAUUUGGUGUUUAUCUUGUGGUACUGGUAUGCUGUGGAUUUACUGUUUUGACAUCGAUUUUCAGCAAGAAAACGUUAUUUUCUACCGGUUUCAAAGGUAUUCAUUUUCUUCCACGCUGUUUGGCAAAAUGUCGACAAUUACUUGAUAAUUGUUCAAAUUACUCCAAAGAUGGUAUCAUUAUGGGUAGUUUUUUUUGUAACCUCAAUUAUACCGUAUAUUCUACAACGUAAGUACCAAAUGUAGCAAUUAUAUUCAGCUUAGAAUGAUCUCAUUCGGUACUUAUGAUGUAUAUGCGAAUAUAUGCGAAGAAAGAAAUCAUAAUAGGCCGUACAAAUGCAGCGAUUAUUACCUACUUAUUUGUGUAUUUAUGUUAUUUACAUUAAAAUUGCUGUUAAAGAAGUAUUUCCAUUGUUUCUUCAAAAACCAAGAUAAAAACUUUCCCCUUUGAUGACUAUAAACGAGUAGCGAAGUUGAACAUUUUUAAUUCGAUAACGUGCGAAAACUUGGAACAAAAACUUAUUAUUUAUUCACCCAGUGUCUCGAAAGUAUCGUUCUGAAAUAAGGUCAUGUAAACAUGUCUUACUCCCUUGCGGUACUAAAAUCGAUAUUUAUAGGCUAAAAUAUACUUCGCAAUGUCGAAUUGGAAAAAUUCAACAUUUAUGAGCAUAAUUUUGCUGAAAUAGGAUCACUUCUAUGCCUUUACGGGUACUGGUGCUGCUAUUUUUGCAUGUAAUAAAAUCUGUACUGAUAAUUAAUUAUCACAGUGUAAUAACUUGCUAUCUACUUAUAAAACAAAUUACUUACUUUAUCGACUUGCUCGAUUGGAGGGUUAUUACUCUAUGGUAAUUAAAUGUUUAUGAGUCAUUAAAUCAUAAAUAUGUGACAAUUACCGAUACUCUUGUCAGUUCUCAGAUACUUAGUGAGAAACACAUGUUUCAAUAAAGAAAAUUGACAUUAUAAUUAUUAUUAUUUGAACCUCGAUACUGCCAUAUUAGCAUAGAUAAAAUUUUGUAAAUAUUUAUAGACGAUAGCGGUUGUAUUGUAUAAUACGUAAUAUUGAAUGUGCCUCAGAGUUUAUCAAGACGUUUAUAAGUGUUUAGAGUAUUAUUAUUAUUGACUAAGACUGGAUUAGAAACAAUUUUAACCAUAAACUAUUAAAUUAAUAUUCUGCCUUACAAUACCUUGUCUAUGAUUCUUAAUACGAAAGUAGUUUUUAAUCUGGUACCAUAAAAUUUAAAUUUUAGUGACGAUUUUCUAUUAAUAGUGUUGCUAUUUAUAAUAAAGAUUCUUGUAUUCGAUAAAUUGGAAUAUCGUUUUGCAGUUACUAAAUCUAUUGAUACCUUUUGCAUCUUAAUAAAAAAUAAUAAAUAAAAUACUUAAAAAGAGAUACAAUUUCUAUGAUUUAAUAAAUAACAAUUAAUUAAAAAAGUACAACCAGAUUGGAAUACUGAUUUCAUUUUAAAUUGUAAUUAUUUCAAACAUACUUAAUGUAAUUAAUGAACGAACAAAUAAUGAAUACGACUGUAUUCACAUCAUUAUCAAUUUCUAGGAAAUUGUAACGUUAAUAAUUAUUAAUUGAAUAAACAAUUAACUAUUACAACUAUUCUAUCAGAAAUUGUUUUUCAAAUACAUUUGAUACUAACAUUGUAUACUCAGACUUGUUAUAAGAGGCAGCAAUACAUUUUGUACAUGUGUAAAUAUUUUAUGACUAGUACACAAAUGUGAAUAUAUGAGUGAUUAAUAUUC